AUGAAUGGGGACCUGAGCCUUUCCCAGGCCCUGGGCGGCCUGCGCAUCGCCAACCCCGACGAUGGUGCUGAGGCUGUCUCUGCUUCUGCCUCUGCAUCCGCCUCUCAUCCUCAAACCGAAUCCCUCGCCCAUACCAUUCAUCUCGAACCUAUCGAUGCUAGUAUCGAACCUCUCCUCAACGACCCCCGGUUCGCCCCGGCCACCCGGCAGCCCGAUCUCACCCCAGACGCUGGGGCUAGCGAAACAUUCCAGCAAUCCCCUCAGCCUGACCUGUCGAGAUUAUCCAUCUACGGCCUGCCCAAUAUUCCCGAACCCGGCCCAACCUAUCCUACCCGCGAGCGCAGCCAGAGAGACCCCCAGUCGGCCUACAACUCGAACCGUCAAGCACCUCUCCCACCGACCAGUGCCCCGUUACCGCCCCGAAGGAGCUCCAGAGGGAUGGGCGGUGGCUACGCAUCAGCACCGGGCGGCUCCCAAUCGAAUCCCCCUUACGCCGGCGAGGCCCCAGUGCCCGCCAGCAGCGAGGAAUGGAAGGACCGCGGUGCUGCAGUAGGUGUCCGUCGGGAGGUCGACGCAACAGGUCGAACUGUUGUUCGACAGGUUAAGAAGGGCGUCCGCGACUUCAACUUUGGUCGCGUCCUUGGUGAAGGCUCCUACAGCAGUGUAUACCUCGCCACCGACCGUCAGACCCUCAAAGAAUAUGCCAUUAAGGUACUUGAGAAGAGACACAUCAUCAAGGAGAAGAAGAUCAAAUACGUCAACAUCGAGAAGAACACUCUCAACCGUCUCACAGAGCACCCGGGUAUUGUCCGACUAUACUACACCUUCCAGGAUGAGACAUCUCUCUACUAUGUGCUCGAUUUGUGCAAUGGCGGCGAGCUACUAGGCGUGUUGAAGAAGACAGGCACCUUCGACGUCGAAUGUACCAGAUUCUACGGCGCCCAGAUCCUCGACGCCAUUGACUACAUGCACUCAAGGGGUGUAAUCCAUCGGGACCUGAAACCAGAAAACGUUCUCCUCGACGACCAGAUGAAUGUCAAGAUCACAGACUUUGGAACCGCCAAAUUACUGAAAGACCCUCGUGACACCAGGAACCCAGACUCGACCGACCGUGGGGUGCCCGAUCCGGGGCGAGAUGGCGAAGAUGACAAUCGCGCGGCAUCCUUUGUGGGAACUGCCGAGUACGUGAGCCCCGAGCUCCUGACGCACAAGAAUGCCUGCAAGGCUAGUGAUUUGUGGGCUUUUGGGUGCAUAAUUUACCAGCUCCUGGCCGGACGGCCUCCAUUCAAAGGGGGCAGCGAGUACCUGACCUUCCAGAAGAUUGUCAACCUCGAGUACGAGUUCCCCGCAGGCUUCCCCCCGGCGGCACGCGAUCUCGUGGAUCGAUGUCUGGUCCUCGACCCAGCCCGACGACUCACCAUAGAGCACAUCAAGAACCACGAAUUCUUUGACGGCCAGUCAUUUGGAAAGGGACUGUGGAGAUCUAAAGCGCCGAGACUUCGCCCAUAUAUCCCGCCCGCCCAGGAGCCGAACGUCAUUCAGCUCAAUGGCUUCUCUAGUACGCCAAUGGCAACCUCGAACUCGAGAGGCCCUCAGUCACAGACCAACACUACCAAUGGAAGCAGUCGGCCAGCACGGAUCAUCACUGAGCUGCCUCCUCCCACGCAACUGGACAUUGAGUGGUCACCAGUCCUGACAAGGAACAAUGAGCGCAUCCUAAAGUUAGGCGACCUGAUGGUUGUAUCAACACCCUUGCCCUCGAGUCCACACGGUAAAGGUUCGGAUGAGGGACAUAAGAAGCUAUCCCGAUUCUUUGGAGGAAGCACGACCAAAAAACGGCAGCGGCUGGUAAUGAUAACGUCUAGCGGUCGUAUUGUGCUUGCUCCAGCGGGUGGAGAAGAGAAACGCGCUAAGCAGGAGAUCUCGCUCAUGGCUCAAGACUGCUCGUGGAGAAGCCAAAAAGACGCAAAGGGCCAAAUUGUUUGGUGUGUGGACACGGGUGGACAGCACUACACCUUUGAGGAAGUGAAGUCCUCAUCACCGCCCCUCGAAGGUGGAUCAUCCUCGGCAGCCGAAUGGAUUGAGUGCUUAGAGCGGGCGAGAGAUCUCGCCAUGUCUCAGAGCAUGCCUUCAGGUUACGGCGGUGAUAACGGGUUUGCCGACAUGUCAUCCACCGUGUCCAGCCCUGCUAGCACUCUCGGAGGUCGAGCCAAUUAUCCCGAUGGCUUUGGUGUCAGUGAUCGACAAGGUCGCAAUCAUCUGAGCAAAAACCAGGCCGCCGAAGAUCCAGCGCCGAAAAGGAAUCGCUUCAGCAAGAGACAAUCGAGGAGUGGACUGGGCUCCGCGUUUUGA